UUGCACAUCUCCCGCCAUUGCCCGAAUACCUCAGUCUCUCAAUCGUCUGCUACUAUUCUAUUUUCUCCUGUUCUCUCAAUCACUGUCCCAUUUAUGGACCUGUCUGUGAUCGAUCUGGCCCCGUAUCUUACGGCCUCGUCGGAACUCGCCAGCGGCUCUCCGAUCGACUUUGGGCCCCAACUCACUGCUCUGUGCAAGGAAGUCAGUCGGACUCUGAAAGAGACCGGCGCACUCCUGGUUAAGGAUCCGAGAUGCUCUGCCGAAGAUAACGAUCGAUUUAUUGAUAUGAUGGAAAGCUUCUUUGAGAAGCCAACUGAGUUCAAGCGUCUGCACGCAAGGCCUAAUUUACAUUACCAGGUUGGGGUGACGCCAGAAGGUGUGGAAGUCCCAAAAAGCCUGGUCGAUGAAGAAAUGCAGGAAAAGAUAAGAGCAAUGCCCAAGGAAUUCCAACCAUUGAUUCCCAGGGGGCCGGAUCCCAAGUGGCGAUACAUGUGGAGAGUGGGUCCUCGCCCUUCAAACACCCGAUUUAAGGAACUCAAUGCUGAGCCGGUUAUCCCUGAGGGGUUUCCUGAAUGGAAGGAUACCAUGGAUUCUUGGGGUUUCAAAAUGAUAUCAGCCAUAGAGGCUGUUGCUGAGAUGGCAGCAAUUGGGUUUGGCUUGCCCAAGGAUGCAUUCACUUCUUUGAUGAAGCAGGGACCUCAUCUUCUUGCUCCAACAGGAAGUGACCUUCAUCGUUAUGGUCAGGAGGGCACUGUCUUUGCUGGGUAUCACUAUGAUCUUAAUUUUCUAACAAUCCAUGGCAGAAGCAGAUUCCCUGGUCUAUAUAUUUGGCUUAGAAAUGGGCAAAAAGUUGAAGUCAAAGUACCGAUUGGAUGUCUUCUCAUUCAGACUGGAAAGCAGAUUGAAUGGCUGACUGCUGGUGACUGCAUAGCGGGCAUGCAUGAAGUAGUUGUCACAGAAAGGACAAGGGAUGCAAUUAAGCUUGCAUCAGAGCAAAAUCGCAGUCUCUGGAGAGUCUCUUCAACUUUAUUUGCUCAUAUAGCAUCUGAUGCUGUCUUGAAUCCUCUUGGCCACUUUGCUGAAUCCCCACAUGCCCACAAGUAUCCACCUAUGUUGGCAGGAGAAUAUGUCGAGAAAGAGCUUUCAGUGAUUAAUCUGAAAGGACAAAAAGGAGAGCCUUUAUAAUCAAACUUCGUAUCAUUGUUCUACCACAGAUGCCAAUAGCCAACCAUUACAGAUUGACCGAAAGGAACCAAGAGAAAUAAACUUCAGCUGAACAUUUUUACAGUGCUCUGUACAUUGGUCUAAUUUUUAUGGAUCCUCCAUUCAUUCAAGCGUAUUUUAUAUUUAAACACCCCCUCCCUCGCUAAGCAUGUUUGAAAUCAAGAACAUUCUUCAUUGAUAAUGUGCGAUAACAAAAAACUCGUAAUGCCAGUAUAGUUGGAAUACUCCAUUGUUUCAUGAGCUUUACAUUUACAGCCAAAUUGAUUCUUGAGAUCUGAAA